UAGCAAUAUACCAUAAGUAUCUCUGCCAGAGUUGCUCUUCCCACUGCAAGUCCCCGAGGUGCAAAGCAGCCCAGAUCACAUGGUCUAGCGGUCACCUGGGCACCUGGUCUUGAGUCCAGAAAAUGCUCUCGACUCGACCUUUGCCAUCUCCUCCGUACGAGAGCAGAGCUCAGCAUGCCCAGGAUUGCGACAUUCAUUCUUGCAUAAAUAAUACAAGCUCCACCCUUUGCCUGCCCCAGGGCACAUGUUCCAUCGCCCACGGUCGCUUAAGUUGACGGAUUCGUAACAUAGGUAGAAAAAGCAACCAGCCACACCCACCCCCCACGACGGAUGGAGCAAUUGUCUCGCACAGUCAGCUCCGAGAGCACUCCUACACAGACUGCACCUCACGUCCUCGUUGCCAGCAAUGGCUCUGAUCCUGCGAGCAGAAAGUCGCGGACCUCCGAGCCCGAGACGGGGAGCGGCCAUGUCGAACGCUCCUCUGUCUCCAUGCCGCCGCCGGUGACGUCGAGGACGAUUGCGAGACAAAUCCCCCUCCCCAAUGCCUCCAGACGCCCCUCAAAGGCUUCGGACAGCAGCCUCUUGGAUACCUUUGGCUCCGUCCGAAGCCCCUCCUCCGCCGUUGACGAGACCACCGAUACUGCAUCCACCCCAGAUGCUUCGCGCCAUGGAAGCAUUGCCACGUCCCAGACGCUUACCCUCCCCGACACCGCCUACUCCUCACGGGCCCGGACCGACCCCGACCUAGAGUCCAAUCGCAUGUCCUUUUCCUCGCUAUACUCUCUCGGCUCGGUCAUCAUGAGCAGCACACGAGGACUCAGCGGCCCCAGCUCAGUAACAGGCUCAGAACCUGAAGCCAAAGUCGAAGGACCAGCCUAUGCACCCACUACAGCCACUUCUUCGCUUUCCGUAACCACGUCGACCGCGAGCCAGAAUGGCAGUUUGGCGCUGUCUGUUAAUCAACCACCUCACGCAAUGCAUUCUUCCAAUUCCACCUCCCCGCAAGGCGGCCAAACGCACUCGUUGAACCAAAAAGACACAGCCCAGAGGCCUGAAAACGGCCGCUCGCGAAGCCGCACAACGCACCGACGCAUAAGUGGCAGCACGGCUGCAAGCAGUAGUCCUGGUGGCAGGGACUCGCGUGAGCAUAAGAAGCCUACCAAGGGGAUAAUUGGCGUGUGUGCGCUCGAGUCCAAGGCUCGCAGCAAGCCGGCGCGCAACAUCUUUGGGAAGCUCUACGACGAUUUCGAGGUCAAGAUUUUUGGCGACAAGAUCAUUCUCGACGAAGACGUGGAGAAUUGGCCCGUCUGCGAUUUCCUCAUCUCCUUCUUUUCCGAUGGAUUUCCUCUAGACAAGGCUAUCGCAUAUGUUCGCCUGCGCAAACCAUUCUGUGUCAACGAUUUGCCCAUGCAACAGGUCUUGUGGGAUCGCCGACUUUGCCUGCAAAUCCUCGACAAGUUGAACGUCCCCACACCCAGACGGGUCGAAGUCAGUCGCGAUGGAGGCCCCAAGCUUCAAUCCGCCGAAUUUGCAAAGGCCUUGUACGAGCGCACCGGCGUGCGACUGCCCGGUCCCCCAGACGGCACUGGCGGAGGGAUGCCAGCACCCCGCCGCGUAGAGCUUUCGGAAGAUGGAAACACGCUGCGCGUAGACGAUAGGAUCAUUACUAAACCAUUCGUCGAAAAGCCCGUAAGCGGCGAAGAUCACAACAUCAACAUCUACUACCAUAGUCAGGACGGCGGAGGAGGCAGGCGACUCUUCCGCAAGGUUAACAACAGAAGCUCUGCAAAGGAUGAUAGCCUCCACGUUCCACGAUCCAUCACCGACCCCUCCAGCAGCUACAUCUACGAGCAGUUCCUCAAGUCGGAGAACUCGGAAGAUGUCAAAGCCUACACCGUAGGUUCCAAUUUUUGUCACGCUGAGACUCGAAAGUCGCCCGUCGUUGAUGGACUAGUUAAGCGCAACCCAAGCGGCAAAGAGGUUCGUUAUGUGACGAAGCUCAGUGAAGCCGAGGCCGCCAUGGCCUCUCAGAUUUCAGAGGGCUUUGGCCAACGGGUCUGCGGUUUCGACCUUUUGCGGACAGGAGACCGCAGUUAUGUCAUCGACGUCAAUGGCUGGAGUUUUGUCAAGGAUAACAUGGACUACUACGACAAAGCCGCCCAAAUCCUCAAGGACAUGUUUCUCAAGGAGAUUGCUCGCAAGGAACGACGAGAAGGACAAGCUGCCAUUACAGAGUCAUCGGACACUUCAGAAAAGCCUCCUGCUAGGAGGGGCAUGGCUAGCCACCGUCAAGCUCUCAAGGGUCUCUUCAAGUCUCCCAGCAUGUCCAAGCUCAGCCACAUUCCACAUCCCCAUGUAAGAUCAGGACACCAAGCACCGACCAUGGCGUCGUCCCCCGAGGCUUCCGCAACGGCUUCUCCCCCGGCCGCAUCGCCCCAUUUGGAGAAGUCUUACGGCGUUUCCAUGAGUAGCACACCAAGCGUUCCCAGGUCUGAGCCUGACGUCCUGCUCACCACUCCUAGUGUGCGCGAAAAGGAGGCCCACACGCACAUCGAUGAAACCAAACCCGAAGAGCCUGUCAAUGUGCCGCCACCUGCCUCCAAGGCUCAGUGGAAGCUGAAGGGCGUAGUGUCCGUUAUCCGCCACGCCGACCGGACACCCAAGCAAAAAUUCAAGUACACAUUCCAUACCAAACCUUUUGUUGACCUCCUCAAGGGCCAUCAAGAAGAGGUUCUCCUCAUUGGAGAGGCUGCAUUGCAGAGUGUUAGCGACGCAGUGAAGCUGGCCAUGAAGGAAGGAGUGGAGGAUCCUAAGAAGCUCCGAGAGCUGCAGAUAUACCUUGUCAAAAAAGGCUCCUGGCCUGGAACAAAGGUUCAAAUCAAGCCAAUGUUCCGUAAGAGGCGAAAGGAAGAACUGCUUCCUGGCCAGGUUGUCGAGGACCCUUCUGAAGCACACAAGGAGGCCAUUUCGCCCUCACUGGAUGGCGAUAUAUCGCCCAUCCAAAAGCGAAGCGACUCCAUGUCUGGUGUAACAUUGUCGCGCAUCUCGGCUGCUGAGAACAACCUGAUUCUCGACAAGCUACAGCUCAUCAUCAAAUGGGGAGGAGAGCCGACACAUUCUGCACGCUACCAGUCGCAAGACAUGGCGGCCAACUUCCGAAAUGACCUGAAGUUGAUGAACAGAGAGGUGCUGGACGACGUCUCCAUCUUCAGCAGCUCCGAACGCCGCGUUACUACAAGCGCACAAAUCUUUGGCAGCACAUUUCUCGCUGAUGACAAUUACAAGGCCGAAAAUAUCCAGAUCCGCAAGGAUCUCUUGGAUGAUUCCAAUGCUGCCAAAGAUGUCAUGGACAAGGUCAAGAAGAAACUCAAGACCCUUUUGCGGGCCGGUGACAAGGCACCGCCCCAAUUUGUGUGGCCCGCAGACACGCCCGAGCCGUACAUCGUGGUUCGGCAGGUUGUCGACUUGAUGAAGUUCCAUCAGCGCGUCAUGAACUACAACUACAAGAAGAUCGAAUCCGGUGCGGUGUCAUCACUCGCUGCCAUUGCGGGCGCGACGUCAGACGCCCCUCAACCACAGCACACGUCGCUGGCUCAAAUCCAGGGCCGCUGGUGCUGCAAUGAGGGGCCUGAACUCUUCAGGGAACGCUGGGAGAAGCUGUUCAAGGAGUUCAGCGAUGCUGACAAGGUCGAUCCUAGCAAGAUCUCCGAACUCUAUGACAGCAUGAAGUUUGAUGCUCUCCACAAUCGCCAGUUCCUUGAAUGGGUCUUCACCCCCGACGCCACUUUUCUCGACGAGGAGGCCGUAGGAGAUGUAGCUUCCGAAAAGGUAUCCAUGGAUGCCAAACCCUCAGCGUCCGCGCCUGUUGAGCCCCACAAGGCGGACGCCGGUCAAUCCACUGCAGAGAGAAUCUUCGAACGCAACAGUAUAUCUCAACGCAUUGGGUUCCGCCGCCGGUCAGAGAUUACGAAGUCGUCCUUGCCCCCCGCUUACGCCCAGGAGUCAUACUGGAAGCUCUACACAGGCGCCAACAUGGGCGGCGGCCCAGGCUCGCAUAGCACCUCCCCGUCGGCCGCCUCCAAAGCCCAAACUGACGCCCGCCUCGCCAAACUCCGCGAAAUGUACCACCUUUGCAAAGUCCUCUUCGACUACAUUGGCCCACAAGAAUAUGGCAUCGACAAUGAAGAGAAACUCGAAAUCGGCCUCCUAACCUCCCUUCCCCUGCUCAAAGAAAUCGUCGAAGAUCUCGAAGAGCUGCAAGCGUCCGAGACGCCCAAGUGCUUCUUCUAUUUCACCAAGGAGUCGCACAUUUACACGCUGCUGAAUUGUAUCCUCGAGGGCGGGAUCAAGACGAAGAUUCAGCGAAAUGCGAUCCCCGAGCUGGAUUACCUCAGCCAGAUUGGGUUUGAAUUGUAUGAGAGUGAGAACGCGACGGAUAACGAUGGCCCGAAUACGUUCAAUUAUAGCAUCAAGAUUACGUUGAGUCCGGGAUGUCAUGCUUUUGCACCGCUGGAUGUGCAAUUGGAUUCUAGGCAUAUGAUUGGUUUCUCGCCCCGGAGAAGCUUGACGGCUCAUCAUGAUUGGAAGGAGGUGCUGGAGACGCUGAGGGCCAAGUUCCACACUGUCAAGUUGCCCAAAUCCUUCGUGGCGAUCAAUCUUAGUGAGAAGGUGCCCGGAGCGUUCGGGGUGCAGCAAGAGGAGAAGAAGGAGGGAGAGGGCGAGGGGAAGAACACAGGGAUGGAGGUGACGAAUGCUGCGGGACAAGGUGUGGCCGGAGAAGAGAAGGAGGCUGCUGAACCGGCGGCUUCAGCGGCCGUUCCGCCCGUUGAGGAUACGGCUGUGAGUGGGGUGCCUGAGACGGCGGUAGGAGGCCAGAAGGAGAGUGCUGCGAACGAUGCGGCUGAAGAUGUUGAUGAGAGUUCGUAGCCGGGGACGGUGGUGGGUGGAAGAGUUGGAAUGCAUAUAGACAUGAGCGAUUGCAUGGGAAAGAAUCGGGUCUGGACAUGAGCAAUUACAUGGGAAAGGAUUGGGUCCGGACAAUGAUAUCAUUCAUAUAGAGCAUAGACGGUAGUAAUGGAUCAAUGGAUUUAAGAUUA